AUGGCUGAAAUCAUUGUUUCUGCACUUAUCCAAGUCGUUUUUCAGAAGCUGGGAGAUGAAGGCUUGAAGCAUGUUGUUCGGGCCAAAGGGAUUGAGUCUGAGCUCAAUAAUCUGGGCAAUAAAUUGUCCAUGAUUCAAGAUCUCCUUAAUGAUGCUUCUGACAAAGAAACUGCCGAUAAAAGCGUUAAAAAGUGGCUCAACAGACUUCAACAUUUGGCUUAUGAUAUGGAUGAUGUACUUGAUAGUUUGGCAACCAAAGCUAUGAAUCCGGAGUUCACUAGCAAGGUAAGAAAACUCAUCCCGACUUUCAAACUUAGAAACAAAUUGCGUCAUCAGUUAGAUAACAUUGCCACUAAGUUACAACAACUAGAAAAGGAUGCAAGUUUUCUAGGAUUGAGAAUUGUGAAAGAUGAAAAGCCAAGAAGUAUGAGCAAUAAAAGAAAUGAAACAUCUUUUCCAAAUUCAUCCGAAAUUAUAGGACGACGAGGAGAAAAAACAGAAUUGCUACGUAAGUUGUUGGAAAAUGAGCCAUGUAAAGACAAGUUUAGCGUUGUACCUGUUGUUGGUAUGGGUGGGGUUGGUAAGACCACUUUAGCUAGAAAUUUGUACAAUGAAACAAUGGUGAAAAAUCACUUUACAGUCCAUGCAUGGGUAUGUGUUUCUGAUGAUUUUGAUGUUUUUAAGAUAACUGAAACCAUCUUUCGUGCGAUGGCUAGUGAAAACAAGGAGUUUAAGAAUUUCAAUGAGCUUCAAAUAGCUCUUUCCGAUCAACUCAAGGCGAAACGAUUUCUAAUAGUGCUAGAUGAUGUUUGGAGUGAAAACUAUGUCGAAUGGGAGAACCUAGUUAAGCCGUUUCAUUCCGGAGCCACUGGAAGUAGAAUAAUCAUAACAACCAGAAAGGAGGGACUGCUCAAACAAAUAGGUUUUCAUCAUCUAAAUAAGCUAGAGAGUUUGUCACAUGAUGAUGCUAUGUCUUUACUUGCUCGACAUGCAUUAGAUGUUGAUAACUUUGAUUCACAUACACAUCUCAAACCUUAUGGUGAAGGAAUUGUGAAAAACUGUGGGUGUUUGCCUUUAGCUUUGAAAGUGAUUGGAAGGCUAUUAAGAAAAAAAGCAAAUGAACUAUUAUAUUGGGAACAAGUAUUAAACGAUAAGAUAUGGCAACCUGAUGAUAAUGUUGUUCCAGCCCUUAGGCUAAGCUACCUAGAGCUUUCAGCAUGUUCGAAACAAUUGUUUGCAUAUUGCUCCUUUUUCCCUAAGGAUUUUUUGUUUAAUAAAAGGGAGUUAGUUCUGUUGUGGGUGGCAGAAGGUUUCAUUAAACAAUCAACUAGAAGCACGAUAACGGAAGAAUCCUUAGGUCAUGAGUAUUUUGAAGAGUUGUUAUCGAGGUCAUUUUUUCAACAUGCACCUAAUGGUGAAUCAUUGUUUGUGAUGCACGACCUUUUAAAUGACUUGGCCACAUUCGUUGCCGAAGAUUUUUUUCUCAAGUUGAAUGAUCAUAUUGAGAUUAAGACGCAAAUUUUGGCAAAGUACCGCCACAUGUCAUUUAUUCGUGAGAGGUAUGUUGGUUACCAGAAGUUCGAGGCAUUUAAAAGUGCCAAGAGUUUGAGAACUCUUUUGGCCGUGUCGGUUGGGGUGAAUGAAAGUUCUAGUUGCUUUUAUUUAUCGAAGAAGGUUUUGGUUGACCUACUUCCUAAGUUCCCACUUUUGAGGGUUCUUUGCUUAAGCGGCUUCGAGAUAAGUGAGGUACCAGAAUGUGUUGGUCAUUUGAAACACUUGAGGUAUCUUAACUUUUCAAAAACCAAGAUCAAAGAACUACCAGAAAACAUGGGCAAUCUUUAUAAUUUACAAUCACUAAUUGUUUUUGGAUGUGAUAAACUAUAUAAGUUGUCCAUAAGUUUUUCAAAGCUUAAAAAUUUGCGACAUCUUGACAUUAGGAAUACUCCAUUAUUGAAGCACAUGCCCCCGGGAAUUGGUGUUUUGCAUAGCUUACAAACGCUGAGCAAAAUUGUCAUUGGAAAAGAGGAUGGUUUUAGGAUAACCGAGCUCAAAGAGUUAAAGAAUCUUGAGGGGAAGUUUUGCAUUGAGGGGUUGGAUAAAGUGCAAGAUGCAACACAUGCACGGGAUGCAAGCUUAUCGACGAAAAGACUUUCCAAGGUAAAGCUAGUAUGGGAUUAUGUAUCUAAUGAUUCUCAAAAUGAAGCGUUGCAAAAUGAGGUCCUUAGUGAACUCAAGCCUUCUAGUAAUGCUUUGAAGAAAUUCAAAAUCACUUCAUACUCGGGAACAGAGUUUCCAAACUGGCUCGGGGAUCCCUCCUUUGACAAGCUGGUUUGUGUGUCGAUUGUUGGCUGUAGAAAGUGUACGUCUUUGCCAACACUUGGGAGAUUACAAUCACUAAAGGAGUUGUAUAUUGAAGGUAUGGAUGCUGUUAAAAUCAUAGGUUUAGAGUUACUUGGGACCAGUGGUGUUGCCUUCCAUUCUCUUGAAAUUCUAAGUUUCAAAUCUAUGUUUGGGUGGUCUGUAUGGUCGACCAAUAUAGGGGAUGUUGAUAUAAUACUUCCACAUCUUCGUGAGCUUUAUAUAGAGGAUUGUCCAAGGUUGGUUGACAUCUCACUUAAAACGAUACCUUCAUUGAGAUAUCUAGAUUUAAGAGGAUGUGGUUAUGGUGUGUUGAGAAGCAUGGUACGUGUAGCUUCGUCACUCAUUCACCUAGUAAUAAAUAAUAUUGCAGGGCUUAGUGACGAGGUAUGGAGAGGUGUUAUGAAGAAUCUUUGUGCAAUUCAAAAAGUAUGGGUCUAUUAUUGUAAUGAAUUAAGGUACAUAUGGGAUUCCAAUGAAGAGGCAAGUAAGAAUCUUAUGAAUUUGAGGACUUUAAUAGUGAAGGGGUGUUCAGAGUUAGUGAGAUUGGGAGAGAAAGAUGAGGGUUGUAGGAGCGAUAUACUAACAUCACUUAGGAUUUUGAAACUAAAGUAUUGUUAUAAUUUGAAGAACUUUAGUUGUCCAGGUAGUAUUGAGACAUUGAAAAUUAGAAAUUGUAGUUCAAUUACAAACGUCUCCUUCCCAAUAGGAGGAAUGAAGAAGCUCAAUUCAUUGAUUAUUCAAUCUUGUGAGGAACUAGUUGUAACGGGAAAGGACUUGUUGGGUGCGGGAGAAAAUACCAACAACAAAUCAAUUCUCGAAAAUGUGAAAAUUCUUGGAUGGCCAAAUCUUACAUCAAUGAAUGGGUUAUUGAACUACAGUCACCUCACCUCCUUAUGCAUAGUCCAUUGUGAAAAUAUCGAAUCAUUUCCCGAUCUCGAGCUCCCAAAUCUCACCUCAUUAACAAAUCUCGUAAUUGCGCAUUGUCCAAGUAUUGAUGGCUGUUUUCCACGUGGAUACUGGCCUCCCAAAUUGGUUUCUCUUUUCAUUGGGGGGUUGAAGAAGCCCAUAUCAGAGUGGGGGCCACAAAAUUUUCCAACGUCUCUUGUAGAAUUAAUAUUAGUGGGAGGAAAAAACGACUAUCAGGUGAGAAAUUUGGGCCGAUUGUCUCCUCAUCUUUUUCCUUCAAAUCUCCAUUCUCUAAGAAUAUGGAAUUUUGAGAAAUUGGAAACAGUUUUCAUAGGACUCCAACACGUUAACUCCCUUAGAUGCUUAGAGAUUGGUGGUUGUCCAAAACUAAAAGAUCUACCAGACAAGUUAUUGCCUUUACUCUUGAGUUUAAAAAUAAAGAGAUGCCCAAAACUGAAAAGAAAGACAUGUAAAAAAGGGUUUGUCAACAACUACUGGGCGAGAAUGUCACAUAUCCCUUGUAUUGAGAUAGAUGAGGAAUUACAAAAUUAA